AUGAAGUCUUUUACUGCCGUCGCAGCCCUUGCUGCCAUGGCCACACAAUCCGUUCUGGCAGAUACGCAACUUAUCACUGAGAGUUCGGAGAUGGAAGCUCUAUGUCCCACGCUGGAUGGUAACAGCGUCACAAGCAGCGGCGGAACGAAGUAUAGCGUUUCGUGUGACUGGACCAUGGAAGCCGAGGGCAAGACAAUCAAGGUGGAAGGCAAGACCUCUCCGCUGAUCUGUAUGGAAGCAUGCGAAGAGACGGAGGAUUGCUACAGUGUCAACAUUGACGCAGAAGGUGGCUGCAACCUGAUCUCUGGAAAGGAGAAGGGAAUGACGACCUCUGCUGGGUUCAUCAACCUCUUUCGUCUGCCCCAGGCCAGCGGCACCGCAGCCCCUCAACUUCCUGUGCAGAUCACGACGACACGGAGUGCUCCCACCAGCAGCUCCGUGUCAUCAGAUAUCAUUGCCAACCCCAGCAUGCCCACACCUGGUGCAAUUUCCGAAAGCUGUAACUCAAAUCGGUUCAACAUCUGCCCGGGCUGCAACGAUACGGUUGUCAAAGAUGAAUCUGGAAAGGAAUACCACGUCUUCUGCGACAGAUCAUUGUUCACCGAGGGAACCUACUCUGUUCAAGAAUUUCUCUCCUGGGAAGGCUGUCUGGAAGUAUGCGAUGGCUUCAGCUGGUGUCUCGGUACUAGCUACUCCGCUGAACGUGGUAGCUGCGAGAUUGCCCGGGGUCCGGUUGUCUACCCAGUUGUAGAGAAUGAAUACGCAGCGUUCCUCCCGGUUGCCAGUAGUGCAGAUACUGUGACUGCCAGGCCAUCAAYUCUGAGCGCGGUUCGGACAAGCUUCCAGGCCAGCAACGGUUCCAUCACGGCUAACAAGACUACGAGCUCUACUGUGCCUGACUCUACCGCAUCGAUUCUGCCGAUCAACAGUGGCUGUGACGUUUCGUCUCUUACAUGCCCUGUCUGUGAUGGGAUUGCAGUGGACGACACGCUGGACCAGACAUAUACGGCACUGUGUUCCUUUGAUCCUGUCUGCGACAGCACGGCGAUUGUGGAUGGGCCUGUCUCGCAGGACGAGUGUAUGCUGGAAUGCGACCAGGACGCUACUUGCCUCGCUGUACUUUGGUACAGCGACCGGAACGCCUGCCAUCUCUGCCAGCAAGGCUUAGAUGGCGGACCCGGGCAAAGUUCAGAUUUCGUCCUACUUGUUGCGGACAUCGACGGCGAUGAGGAUGACAGUCCUUCGUCAACGUCGUACACCACAUCGACUUCCACUCGCAACAGCUCAACAACAAGUCCUCCUGGUACGCCCUCAGCCUCCAAUACGAAGAGUCUGCUACCACCGGCUCCUUUCAGCAGCAAGCUCGCCCUCUCAACCGCCUCCUCUCCUAAACCCACUGUAUAUGCAAGCCCCGCGCCAACGACUGGACCCAUGGCAUCAUUCACGCCAUCAGAGACAUUCAGCUCAGGCGGACCGUAUGCAAACGCCACACGCUCUGCAUCGGUCCCUGAUGUCAGUGCCGUAGUAUGCCCUGGCCUUGGUAAAGGAGUUUUUGUUGAUCCGACCGACUUCAACUUCUUCAUGGUACUAUGCGACAGCAUUGUCACAGCAGCAAACUCUCGCUACACGUCCGCCUCAAACUUCGCAGCUUGCGUGGCCUUGUGUACCGCGGACUGUGAUGCAGUUCAAUUCGGCUACAGUACCCGCUGCGGGCUACAUCAAGAUAUGAGCAUCGUGGGACCCGGCAUUGGAUGGACGGUCGCUGCUAGCCUCACGUUCCCGGAGAGCACUACUCUACCAUUCUCGACAAUCGCUGCUACAACUUUGUCGACAAUCACAAGCAAUGUCGAGGCUACCCCAGUGCCACGAAAGCGGGCUGCUCAUGUGUAUUGA